AGCAAAAUGAAACAAGGAUGGGUGUAAUUUACCCAUUUGUUUUUCCCAGACAACAGUGUUUUGGGUGAGGAAAUUUCGCGGGGAAAUGGAGUUGCUCAAAUUGUCUAAAUUCAAGCUUCAGCUUCGAGCCCUAGUCACCGAAGUUCGUGAACUCAGAGAAAGAGAACAAUCUUCCACUGAACAACUCAACCUUUUAAUUCAGAAACAAAAGCAAAUAGAGGAGGAAUUUGGUAGAAAGCUAACGGAAUUGCAAGCGGAAUUGGCUUUGUCCAAUGAGCUUCGGCAAAAACUCGAAAGAAAGGUGAGCUACCUUCAGAGUGACAAUGCUUUGCUUGAAAACAAGCAAAAAGAGUUGAAGGGAACUAUAAAUAACUUACUCCAGUCAAGGGAAAGUUUUGUAAAAGUUUACGAGGACUCUACUUUUGAAAUGAAACAAUCUAUUCAAACCAGCGAUAGAAAGGUCACUAUCCUUUCUCAGAAGAUAAAUGCUCAUUUAUUACUAUUUGAUUCAAUAGAAAAGGAGGCUUUUUCUGUCAAGCAAGUUUUGGACAAUGUGCAACAUCUUGUGAGUGAAAAAGAGGGAAUAGUGGCUGGAUUAAAGAGCAAAAUGGAUAAGCUUUCUUCUUAUGAGAAAGUGUUUGUUGAAAAAAUCUCUGACCUGGAAAGUAAACUGAGAAAUGACGAAAAUGAGCUCCGAAGAAAGGAGAAAGUAAUUUCACAGCUUGAAGCACAGCUGGAAGAAGCAAAAAUUAGUAACUUCCAACCACAGAUGGAAGAGUUUCAGAAAACACUAUCAACAAAGGAUGUGAUCAUACAGAAUUUACUGACAGAGAAAAAGGCAUUGCAAUUGGAAUUGCGGAGUCUCGGAAUUAUCUUACAGAAGAUUCAGGACACUGUCACAAAUAUGAAUGAGGAGGAUAGAAGAGCAUUCUCCUCUGUUCUGGGAGGCCAAAAAGAAUGUACAGAAAUUAAAGAAAAGGAAAAUAUCAGGAUUGAAGAUGCAUAUCAAAACACUGGAGAAAAUUCUCCAAGUAAGGCUGGUGAGGGAGGCAGUGAAGAAAAUACAGCUUCUGUGUACAAGGAGCAUGAUUCAGUAAACAAACGCUUGCAAGGGAACAAUAAUAUGGAAUGCUGUAUCUCAGAGUUUUCUUGUUCUUCCCCACAGCCAACUUACUCGGAACCUCAGUCUACUCCCAAUGUCGUAAGCAUUGCAGUAACUGAAGCAAAGGACAACUGCACAACAUUAGUUUACCAUCAAAAUUUUGAAAGCUCAACAACCCAAGCAGAAACCUCUAACGAUCCAGUUUCUCGGAUAAGAGGAUGUGCCACAGUUUUUUGAGGAUCCAGAAAGUCCUGUUAUGGGCAUAUCCAAUAAGAGCAAUGCUAGGAACCCCAAGAAAACUACUAAAUUUUUUACCAAACACACACUACCAAAUUUUUUACUAAACACUCGCAUGUGAGUGUUUGGUAAAAAAUUCAUGCGAUUGUUUAGUAAAAACUUUGGUAGUUUUGUUGGGAUCUAGCAUUUUUCAUCCAAUAACGACAUACCAUCCAUGUGAAUUGGGUUAGACAAACCAAAAUUCGGCAUUUUUGGGGACAUGAAGGCAAUUUUUUUUUGUUCAUUAUGCUUUGAUAACUUGCAAUAGUUGUAACAACAGCUUUGUUUGGCCCCUCUCUCUCAAGCUCGUCACGCUAGCCUCAACCUUUCUCGUGACAUUUUAUUAUUAUUUUUGAAAGAAUAUGAGAAAGAGAAUCUGCAGUGUAACAGUAAAACUCGAAUUCAAGCAUGAUGACUAGCAAGGGAAUACCUUUUUACAAGGCUAACCCUUCGGUCAUUUUCUCAUGACAAAUUUGACUUGGCAUUUGUUUUUGGUGGUGAUCAGGAAAUUUCCAUAUGGCAUAUUAAAACAUAGUCAAGUCAAAUAGAUAAACACAAAUUUCAUGUGCUAUAAUAUCGAGCCCAGAAUCGACCUGGUUGGAUUUGGUAAGAAGCAAGAGAGUCAUUCAAAAAUGACAAAAACAAAUGUGGUGAAACUGACAAGUUUUUGGUGAGCUCAUGUUUGGAUGUUUCCAGGCAAUGGAAUAACAUCAUUGAGGCAAAAAUCAUUGUAAAAUGUUGCCAUCACGGGAAGUUAUAAUUUUUUGGAACAUUGAUUACAACGAGUUAGGUCAAUUUUUUAUGCCUUUGUGUGUGCUUGCACAACUGUGAAAUGAAUUAAAUUAGUCGAGCUUGAUCCAUGUCUGAUAAGCUUAUAUGU